UGGCUUGGCCGGACCACCAUCUCCAGUUAUUCGGAAUGGUUUCAGUGUCUAUGAUCCGCCGCAAUCAUUGAUUUCCAGCCGGCACGCCAACUUUAAUGGCCAGGGUGUGGGUGGGGGCGGCGCAGCAGGUGCAAUAGCAGCCGGUGGCACAGCAACCGGCGUGGGUAUAGCGACCGCUAAUCGCGGACGACUGUCCAUCAGUGCAGCAUCGGGCGGACCACUCAUCGGAUCAUCAUCUCAGUUAACAGGUGGAGCUGGUGCAGCAGGUGCGGGAUUAAGUGCAACGACAGGUGGUGCUAGUGCAGUUUCGGGCUCCACCCUCGGGGAACCAGCGGGCGGAAGUGGAUCGGCGCCCACCAUCGGCGGCACCGCUCCCAUCCAGCCAGGACCCAAGCGACAGGGCAGCUUCUCGAAUGUCUUCUCAAAGCUAAUCGAUGGUAUGCCCGCCGGCACAAUGUUUGCCAAAUUCAAGAGCACCAAUGUGGCCGCCUCCACAGCCACUCAAGCAGUCGCCGAUGGCAAUCCCAUUACGCAGUACUUCGAAAUCGGCAAGCCGGUGGCCUGUGCCGGACCAGAAUUGGUGUGGCGCAUCCAUGAUGCGUAUCGCAAGAGCGACAACAAGGAAUGUUCGGUGUUUAUAUUCGAGAAGAAAAUUGCGGAGAAGCUGCACAAGCCGCGUCGCAAGGAGACCAUAACGGAGCUGCUAAAGAGUUCGGUGAAGACACUGGAGCGCUUCCGCCAUCCGCGGAUACUACAAAUCUAUCACACGGUCGAGGAAAGUGCGGAUACGCUGGCCUUCGCCUCGGAGCCCAUCUUCGCCAGCCUCUCGAAUGUCCUGGCCUUUCACGAGUCGAAAACGUAUGAAGCGACCAACGUGGCGCCGGCGGCGGGUGGAGCAGCUGCGUCCCAGGCGCAGGCGGCGGCGAACACCUUGCCCCAGCGACCGGCCCAUGCCAAGGAAUACAAUUUCUUGGACAUGGAGCUGAAGUACGGCUUUCUCCAGCUGACCGAGGCACUGGCGUAUCUGCACUAUUCCGGUCACGUAAUUCAUCGCAAUGUGUGUCCAUCUUCUAUACUAAUAACCAAGCGCGGUAUCUGGAAGCUGGCCGGCAUGGAAUAUGUGGAGAGAAUGAAUGAGAACGAUUUGAACAGCUCCAUUCCGUGUCCGCCGUGGAGCAAUCGGGUGUCCAAGAUGGCCCAGCCGAAUCUUGACUUUAUGGCUCCCGAAACCCAGUCAACGUCCAAGUGCAGCUUGCUCAGCGACAUGUUCUCGCUGGGAAUGGUGAUCUGUGCGGUCUUCAACAACGGUAGGCCACUGAUUCAGGCCGGUAACUCCACCUCCAACUAUGCCAAGCAAAUGGAAACGCUGGAUGAUCUGGUCCACAAGUUGAUGCCCAGACUGCCAAUUGCCCUGCAGGAGGCCACUUCGCGCAUGGCCAGUCGGGAUGCAACCGCCAGGCCCACCGCCCAACUGCUGCAGCUCAUUAAGUACUUCAUCGAUACGCCCAUAAACGCUUUGAAAUUCCUGGACGUGGUCAACAUGAAGGACACGCAGCAGAAGUCCCAAUUCUACAAGACCACCUUGAUCGAGGCCAUGCCGAUGAUACCACGUAAACUUUGGUGGCAGAACAUCUGGCCCAUGCUCAAGUCCGAGAUCAACAAUAACGAGGUCCUUGCCGCAGUCCUGCAGCCGGUCAUGCUAUUUGUCCAGGAAGCCACGCUCACGGAAUACGACACCCUCAUGUCGGCCACCAUGAAAGUCAUCUACAAUACACCGAAAUCCAUUCAGGCCAGCGUUACAAUACUUGAGAAUUUGCAUUUGAUUAUCGAGAAGACGAAACCGGAGGAUGUCACCACAGAUAUAAUGCCCAUGUUGUUCUACUCCUUCGACGGAUCCACGAUACAAGUGCAGAGCGCCGCCGUGGUGGCCGUGGCCAAUGUGUUUGAUAGCAUCGAUGAGCUCUCCAUCCGCCGCAUGGUGCUGCCCAAGGUGAAGCAGGUGUUCGAGAAGAACAUAACCGAUCCGAAGAUUGUGCAGAACGUGCUGAUGUGCAUCGAACGGGUAAUGGACCGCAUGGAGCGGGCACAGGUCAUGGAUGAGGUUCUACCGCUGCUGGCGAACAUUCGCAUUCCCGAUCCCGAUAUCAUCAUGCGUACUGUGCGCAUCUACCAUAAACUGUUUGUGGACAAAACCUACGGACUGACCGUGGAGACGAUGGCCACCAAUGUGCUGCCCCUGCUCAUUCCGCACACGGUGAAUCCUUCACUCAAUUUCGAGCAAUAUUGCUACCUGCUGGAGGUGCUGCAGCAAAUGCUGGAGGCCAUCGAUCGGCAGCAGAGGAACAAGUUGAAGCUGGACAACCUGUCGAUGGCCUCGCCGGAACGCCACCGCACCCUGCGACACCAGUUCUCCACGGACAACAUGAAUGCGCCACCCUUCAAUAUUCCCAACUUGCGUAUUGAUCAGCGCAAGACGUCCAGUGCCGAGGAUAUGGCCCGCAAAAAUUCUGGCGGCUCCGGCAUGUUGGGCGGCUGGUGGUUCGGCUGCUCUCCCUCGUCGCCCGACAGCAAUUUCCUGCGCGUGGGCAACGUGUUCCCCAACCGGCGACUGUCGGACAACACGCUGAUGACCCCCAAGAUCCGGAUAGCUCCGUCGUGCGCCUCCUCGCCGGGCGGUACUCCUGGCAGCGGGCUGCCGACGCGACGCCACUCGAGCAUUGGGCCGCAGGAGCGGCGGGGAUCCACCAUCAAUUUGUCACCGCCAACUUACGGUGCUCGCGGUAGCUCUGGAUCGAGUCUAUCGGUGCCAUCCACCUCGGUCUAUGUUAAAUCUCCUUUAUUGUACUCCCAAAAACAGGGUGGCUCCAUGCCGAACACAUCCAGCAGUGUGCCGUUCCUGCUGUCAUCCAGCAUGCAGUCGAUAAGGUCGCGCCGCCAGUCCACCGUCCUGUCAUCGGGUCCACUCGGCUCCGGAUCGGGUCUACUGCAGCAGCUGGGAUCCGGAAUGUAUCAACUAUUCUCCGGACGUAACUAAAGAUACAGAAACGCAAUCAGAUAAAUACAUUCAAAAGAAUCCAAUUACUUUUUAAUGCAAUUUCGGUCCAUUUAUGAAACACCAGUAAUCAACUUAUAUUAGCGGUAUAAAUACAUUAUAUGAAAUUAUGAAAAUUGUAAACGUAUACCAAGCGCAAGCAUAACUAAGUAUUUUCAGUCGAAUCUCUAAAUGUUGUUAGCCAAUCAAAUUUGAUGUGACCAAAACAACAUAUUUAAACCCAAAUUAAUUGUAAUUUAUCUAAAAACCAAAGUGUCAAACACAACCCAACACAAUCACCACAAGAACACGAACCAUAUAACAAAAACCAAUGAAACACUAUGCAGAAUGCAAUCAAUUCCUAGAAAUCCUAACUAUUCUCGAAUAUAUAUUUAUUGUGAAUGUGUUUACGCUAGGCAAAAAAAAAAAAACAAAAAUAUGUCAAAUAUAUACCUCUAUGUGUCAUUGAACUCGCCUAUAUCAUCAUAGUUUAUCAUAUAUAUAUAGUUUAGACCAUAUCACACUGCAAAAGAUACAGAAGCAAACAUAUAUUGCCUAUUUAUUUAGCAAACAUCAAUCACAGAUCACUUUUUCGAUGAUAAAUAUAUGCAAUCAACUAAGGGAGAAUCGUGUACCUACAUACAUCGUACCUAGCACCAUAGAAACCAAACUUAUCACAGAGCUUUACAGCAAUCGCAAUCAAAAAUAUAAUAUGAUGAUAUGAUAAUAUGAAUAUGAAUAACCACGAAUACGAAAGGGACGUUUAUUGUUUGGCCAAGAACCUCGAGAGAUCCCGCCUGCGCUUUAUAGUGACGAAUCCCACAUAAAAGCUAUGUAUAUUCUAUACCCAUCAUUCAAUCCAUCAUAUAUACACACUCUGAUCAACCGGAAUAGAUAGCUCCAAAAAAAAGAAAAACACCCAAAACUACUACUAAGGUGAACACACGAAUCCAAUCCAAGGUCCACCGAUCCGAAAUAGAACCAGAGCCAGUAAUUACUGAAGCCGCUGUACCCGAAGGCAAUCUCAAUCUCAAUCUCAAAUCUCAAUCUGAAUCUCACAUUUAUAGUCAAUUUGUAUAGUUGGGCAGCUAUAUGUGGUAAAAGUGUGGUAAAUGGAAAUGGUAAACUCUUGAAACUUUAUACAUAUAGUGAAGACUCAACUGUGUCAUAGAUGUAUUCAUUACGUAAACGGCAAUUAAAGCGAUUAUUAUUAUUGUUGUGCUACGUUUAGCGGAGUAGAAGUGAAACCCGAAAAAAUAUGAAUUUAUAUAUGUAUACAAAAGCAGCAGCAGCAGGACGAACUCUAUCUAGGACACGUUGAAAACUACUCUACUUUAUAUACACAUACUCGAAAUAAUAUGAACAACACUGAACUACACGAACGGGAACGGGACAAUCAAAAUUCAAGCGACACUUAAACUAAUUCUAUAUCAACUAACAAACAAUUGCAAUUUUAAGUUACGUUGUUGUCGUUCGUUGUGUU